AUGGCGGCUCAGGCGACUGAAAAGCUGCAAGAUCUGGGCUUGAACGGCCAGAAGGACGUGCCCGCGGACGCCCCCGCAGCCGGCCAAGCCGACGCCGAAGACGACUCAGACGACGAGCAAGAGGAAGGAGAGGGUGCUGCAGAUGCUGGCGCUGCUGGUGCCGCCAAAAAGAAGAAGAAGCGCAAGUCAAAGAAGAAGAAGAAGGGUGGCGCUAAGGUCCAGAGCGAACCUCCCCGCGUUCCUGUUGCCAACCUCUUCCCCAACGGCCAAUACCCCGAGGGUGAGAUUGUCGAAUACCUGAACGACAAUGCCUACCGUACCACCGACGAAGAGAAGCGCUACCUCGAUCGCAUGAACAAUGACUUCCUCCAGGAGUACCGCCAAGGUGCUGAGAUUCACCGUCAAGUUCGCCAAUAUGCGCAGAAGAACAUUCGGCCCGGUCAAACCUUGACGGAGAUCGCGGAGGGCAUUGAGGACUCUGUGCGUGCCUUGACCGGUCACUCUGGUCUUGAGGAGGGUGAUAACUUGAAGGGUGGCAUGGGUUUCCCUUGCGGUCUGAGCAUCAACCAUUGCGCCGCUCACUACACACCCAAUGCGGGUAACAAGACGGUCCUGCAACAGGGUGAUGUGAUGAAGGUUGAUUUCGGUGCUCAGCUCAAUGGUCGCAUUGUGGACAGCGCCUUCACUUUGGCUUUCGAUCCUGUAUAUGACCCUCUUUUGGAGGCAGUCAAGGAUGCCACCAACACUGGUAUUCGGGAAGCCGGUAUCGACGUUCGCAUGAGCGAUAUCGGUGCUGCCAUUCAGGAAGCCAUGGAGAGCUACGAAGUUGAGCUCAAUGGUACCAUGUACCCUGUCAAGUGUAUUCGUAACUUGAACGGCCACAACAUUGAGCAGCACGUCAUCCACGGAGGCAAGAGUGUGCCCAUUGUCAAGAGCACCGAUCAGACUAAGAUGGAGGAGGGUGAAACAUUCGCUAUUGAGACUUUCGGUAGUACUGGAAAGGGUUAUGUCCGCGAAGAGAUGGAAUGCUCCCACUAUGCCCUUGCCCAGGAUGCCCCCAACGUCCCUCUACGUCUCUCAUCUGCCAAGAAUCUCCUGAAUGUGAUCAAUAAGAACUUUGGCACUCUGCCUUUCUGCAGACGUUAUUUGGACCGCUUGGGUCAAGACAAGUAUCUCCUUGGAUUGAACAACCUGGUCUCCUCUGGAAUUGUGCAAGAUUACCCUCCCCUUUGCGAUAUCAAGGGCUCCUACACAGCUCAGUAUGAACAUACUAUCCUCCUCCGACCAAACUGCAAGGAGGUCAUCAGCCGUGGAGACGACUACUGA